AUGCCACCUACCCCCACAAACACCUCCUACAGAUUGGACGACCUCAGUUCCCCUGAUCCUCUAGCAUCUCCCUUCAACGACGACAACGAUAGAAGUCACUCCGCAUACAGAAGUCGACAAUCACCGAUCAGAAAACAAAAUGCGACCUCAACCCGCGACCUAAGGAGGAAUUCUUCAGCAGCACCUUCGCUUGAACACAUCGCUAUUCCAUCUUCACCUUUCCGAACUGUCUCCGAACAGAACCUCAGCCCCUGGAAAAUCAGAGUCACUGUCGAAGCAGAGCCGGAAGAUAUGGAUUCAGAGGGCCCAAGGACGAGAACCAUGACCCAGACCAUGAAGAUACCCCUGCGACAGGAUUCUUCACCGCUUGGGGGAGCCAAGUCCUCGAGAGGUCGAAAUUCCCAACCGGCUUCUGCCAAAAGCAAGCGCGGCUCGACACCCACACGCGGUCAGAAAAGCAAUAGUCGGUCUCGAAGACAGAGUGUGACGGAUCUGGAUGCCAGACCUUUGGGUGACGAUGCUGAGAGUGAUGAUUGGACCAAGCAGAAGAAGAACCCGUCACCGCGCAAGAGAAGAAGUAAUCGCACGCGCAAGAGUACGGGUGAUACAGAUGCUGCGGCUGCGCCAGAGUCUUCUCCGGUGAGGUCCUCGCGGCGGCGAUCUUCUACAGCAGCGGAUUUCGAAGUGAGACAGGAUACAGAUGCUGAAGUGAUUUACGGUCAACAAGAAGAGCAAGCAAUCGAAGAGUCAGAGAGUGGAUCGCCGGAACUACGUCAGAUCGACCUCAACAGAGUAUCAGUGCGCUCACGAGCGAUGUCGACCAAAUCGGUAGCAGACGACAACCAAGAUAUCAGCGACUCCAGUCUGUUGCAAAAUCGAGUGAGAACCUCUACCACGAAGCCUGUGGAUUUGCGCAAAGUAUCCGUUAACAGCGCGAUGAGCUAUCCAACCCCGUCGCCAACUUCAUCUUAUCAUGGUGAUUCAGACGACAUUGGCAUUGUUGACAAUGGCGAUGAUAUCCAUGAGACUGAACAAGUCGGUUUCGAUACAGUAUUGGAGAGCGAAGGUUUCACUAUGAUCGAUCUCGACACGAUCCCAUCCGCACGACAAUAUCUCAGUCCUGUCCAAGAAGAUCCAAACGCUGUGGAGCCAAUCAUCGAGGAUGCCAUCCCGAGCCCACAGGAAUUACCCAGCGCAGGUGAAACAGUACCCGAGAGCAGGUCCGAAAGUGUUGUCAGAACUGAGCCUAUAACACGACAACAACCUCAACCCCAGCCAACCAUCGAUUAUCCUACCCUAAACGCCGAUGACACCGAGUUCUCCAGUACUGUGCCAUCAUCACCACCAGUGGCAGAAAAGGGGAAAAGUUUGCUACGUGUUCCAACCUCAAAUCUUCGCAAAGUAACUCCAAUAACAUUCUCCUCACCCAAGCUACCGUCACCACCAAAACAGAUCACUCGCCGAACGCCGCACCAUCAACAUCGUGGAUCAGCUGGAGCUGUGUUUGCAGGCAUCGCAUUACAGGAUGUUGUGUCUCCUGAUCACCCUAGCGACAAGAGUUCAACGAGAGGAAAGCUGGGCUCCUCGUCACGUAGCUUGGAAGAUGAUGGUCUAUUUGGAGGCUUCGAUGCAGGGACGAAACGUGAAUUGCGCGCUGGACUUCGAUUUGGCGAAGAACUCGCGAAGAGGCAGUCGUCUAGUCCACCUGCAAAAGUUGAACCGCGAAACGCUUUUGCCAAAUCAAUAUCCACAAAUGUUGAUUUGCAAUCAUUGGGAAAGCGAGAGUUUGAACCGCUUACUAGACACCAACCACAGACGCAAAUCUGGCGAGGUGAAACCACAGUCCAACGAACUCCGGUUCAGAUGUUCAAUCCAGUUGUCUCCAAGUCUACAGCGGUUGUAAGAACGCCCGAAAACCCAGCAUCAAAGAACUCUGAAUCAGUAUUGAUGGACACUUUAGCUCGCCGCGAGCGAGAGUGGCAAUUGGAUAGAGAAGCCGUCUCGCGUGAGAUUGAAAAUGCCAGUGCGAGUCAGGUCAUUAUCAUCGACAGUGAUGAUGAUGAGAGUCAGGCGGUUGUGAAUAAAGCUGCUCAUAUUCAGACCUCGACCCAAUUGGCUGAGCCCAUUGCUACAAAUCUGAUUUCUUCAUAUGAGGAGGACGAUGAUGAGGAUAUUUGGUUGGCAGAAGCGAAGAACUCUUCCAGUCCUCACACUCAGCAACCUCAACCCAUCGAACAGAAUCAAAAUGGAUUCUUCUCAGAAACCGAACAGAAGAAACAACGAGAUGUCGCCCGUGAAGCGGUGAGUCGACCACGACGGAGUUUAAUUCCCAGUCCUUGGAAAAGAGGCGAUGAUGUACCCGCACCGGAAGAACCAUCAAGCCUUCUUUCCACCAAAUUAGAGGAUCAAACUGGUAUACUUUUCUGGGAGCAACAGCAAGUUGGGAAAGCAAAGUUUGAAUCUAAAAGGGCACAGCACAAUCAGCUCCGACCCAGACGAAGCAGUGGAAAGUUUGAUAUUGAUUUAAUGUUAGGAACACCUGGAAAGAAGCAGGAUUAUGACUCGGGGCUUGACUUGACUGGGGCAAAAAACCAACAGGCCGAUCAAGAGGAAGAUAUCUCUCAGGAGACAGACAGCCACGAAGCAGUCGAACAAAUCAUUUCCUCAUCUAUUGGACUGGAAGAGGCACUUCAGGAUCCCAUCAAUAAUACCUUUGGCGAACCUGAUGCUAUCCCAUCACCAGAGCCACCUAUGAGGAUUCCAGUCAACUUCAACGACUCUUCGAUGGAAAUAUCGACCACAGACGUCAUGCAUAACGCGCCCAGUUACAAGCCCGCACCACUACAGUCUCCAUUCAGAAACACGAAGACAAAUUCUGAAUCAUCGCCUCCUCGACCACCAACACCACGCUCCGCUAUGAAAGGAUCACGACAGAUCUCCGGACCAGAAAUGGGCUUCAGAAGACCAGAUUCUCCCACCAUGAACCGAAGAGUGAUCUUUAGCGAACGGUCGAGAGGAGUUGAUGUUCAUGGAUUGGAAUCUAGCUUUAGUAUGAAAUCCGGAUCAGGGUGCGAGGAUUCUACGUCGGGACAAAUCAGAGCACAGCUGGAAGGAGAGCUGUUGAAUGAUGAGGAUACGGUGGAGACAUCGUAUGGCUAUGAAGAGGAAGACACGGAGACCGAGCUCGAACCAGAGCAGGAACGCUCUCAUGAGGAACCUGUUGUUGAAGUUCCUACAGUCUCAAAGUCUUCAGAUACAAAGCCUGGCUGGCGGUCUUGGCUUUGGAAAGACAAGAAGACCAACACGGAGGAGUCAACAACUGUCCAUCAACCUGAUUUCACGAGUGCGCCUGUCGAUACACAACGAAGCGCAACCAAAUCUAUCACCCCACAAGACAACGCAGCACAACACCCAGCCUGGACGCAAACCAUCAGCUCCACUAUCCCCUCCAGCAAACACCAGCAACAAACCGCGACCGCGCCCACCUCAAAACCAUCACUACAACUACCAUCCUACCUCCUCCCACCCUCGUACCCAUCCGACCCAACACGGUCCCUCAACACACCGCUCAGCACGACAGGGCCCUUCAGCAACACGCACUUCCGCACCCUCCACAUCAUCUACCGCAAAUCUCUACGCCCCAAAUUCCACGCCCCGAAACACAUCCGCCCCGCCGUGCGCCGCCUCCUCGGCACGCAGAUGGAGAUUGACGAGUCCGAGCAAGGCGUUGACCGCGGCGUCAUGACCUGGACGCUCGGUGAGGGCGAGUGCGAGGUCCUCGAGCGCUUCAUGCAGGAGGUCGAGGCUGGGUAUGGUGUUUUUCCCGGUGCGGAUGUGGAUGGGAGUGAGAGUGGGAGUGGGCCUGUCGUCUGGGGCUGGAGUGUCCAGCAGCUGGCGCACUGGCUUUGUCGCAUUGUCGUUGGCGAGGUCGUUAGGGAGGAGGAGGCGCGUGCGAAGAUGAAGAUGAAGGCGAAGGAGAAGGUCGAGGUUACGGCGAAAGCGAGGGCGAAGGGAGGGAAGUAA